AUGAUAACAGUUUGUACAACCGAAUUGCGCAAUUACUGUAGGCAAAUUGCACCAGUAUUAAUGAUGACACUAACUGCUGUUACAAUUAUUCCGAUCUUAUUGUGUAAGGCAAAGAAAAAUAUGACGAAGGGACGAAAAGGUAUUGUUGAUUUAUUCAAUGCAAAUUCCAUCAUAAAUGAAUACCGCUUAAUCAGAGUGUAUUCAUUAAGUCGGAUAUUCCGUAACCGGAAGAAUUUUUCGACAUUUUUAAAACAAGCGGAAGGACGGAGCGAUGAAUGCAAGCUUAAACAUCAAAUAAUCUGUGAUCCAUUCAUUUUUCAGUAUUAA